AUGAGCCAAGUGCAAAUAUUUACCCCGAUACUUCCCUACGUCGGGCGGUUGCCAGGAGAGCUCCGGUAUGGUUCUCGGAUCAAGCUUCGGGGUCACUUUCGUGAACCUCAGAACACUGUUCACAUCAUCCUGCAAAAGGAGGCCCUACUGAACCCGCACGACGACCUACCGCUGUACAUUUCGAUCCACCCGGGGCGGAAGGAAAUUAUUCGCAAUUUUCUGUGCACGACCUGCCCCACCGAGGAACAGGAGGAACGCGUCAACAACUGCCCGAUCGAGUGUGGGCAAGAUUUUGAGUUCACAAUCGUCGCCACCACCGGUGGAUUUGAAAUUCUGCUCCACGGUACGCCGUUACGCACGUUCAGCUAUCGAACAUCGCUCGCAGCAGCCCAGUACCUGUUCGUGUCCAGCGGGUGCGUUAUAUUUGCAAUCAACUACGAAAAUUGGCCAACGAGCGGUCAACCGCAGCACCAGUCGCAAUUACCAACAGCACCACCACUGCAUACACCUUCGGCACGGCUUUAUCCUGCGCUCGAACAACGCCCACAAGCACAAUCGCACCCCCAACAACACAACCAUGCACAGCGCCCGCAACACCAGGGCAAUGUUCGUGAGCUUGUGCUGCAGGUGUUGCCGUUGGUGCAACUUGCAGCAUCUCAGCUGCAGGCGAACGCGAACAGCACUCGUGGUGGGAGUACCGACGGAAACAUCCUGGGAGUUGGUAACCUUGCGAGCCUUUUGCCACUGUUUCAACCGGCGCAUGUAACGGAACGGAAGGAACGCGCCAAGGCGAGGAGGGCCCAUCGGUGGGCGUUUUUGCGUACGAGCAACAGCGAAAUUAUACCGGCCAUGUUUUUGGCCUGCUCGAUGGGUUUAAUGAAGCUGUUCCGGUUUUUAGUAGUUGCUCUCGUAUUUGGAUAUAUCGGUUUCGUGUUCUCUAGAAACACUAGUAUCUCGUGGAAAUAA